AACCAGCCAGCCCCAAUCCAUCCCGCAAAAAGGUCGAGCAGCAGUAAGAUCUGACUGAUCUCGCGAUCUGCCUCCCUAGUGUGCUCUGUAGCGCGCAGAUCGGUGAUGCCUUCGGCGGCGAUGACGGUGGCGGCGGGGCUGGCGACGGGGCCGGGCAGCCGCGUGACGCGGUUCGCCAAGUCGACGGCGGCGUCGGUGACGCCCGUCAGGCCGGGCAAGACGCACGCGCUGUCGCCCCUGGACAACGCCAUGGAGCGGCACACGGUGCACGUGGUGCUCUACCUCCGCGCCGCCCCGGGCCUGGACCGGGAGCAGCUCAAGGAGUCGCUCUCCGAGGUGCUGUCGCUCUACCCGGCCAUGACUGGCCGGCUCACGCGCGGCGAAGGCAGCGACGGGGCUGGCACUGGCAGCGCGGACGCCGCGCACGCGCACCGGGGCUGGGUCGUCAAGUGCAACGACGCCGGCGUGCGCAUGGUGGAUGCCAGGGCCGGCGUCACGCUCGACGAGUGGCUCGCCACGGCGACCGGCGACGAGGAGAUGGACCUCCUCUACUACGAGCCCUUGGGGCCCGAUCCUUACAUCUGGUCUCCGUUCUACGUCCAGCUGACGGAGUUCGCCGACAAGUCGUACGCGCUGGGGCUGAGCUGCACCCACAUCCACAACGACCCCACCGCCGCCGCGCUCUUCUUCCACGCCUGGGCUGCCGCGCACCGCCGGACCACCAGCCCUUACCCGCCCUUCCUCCACGCGCCGGCAUUGGCGGUCUCCCCGACCUCGCCGCCCCCUCCCCCGCCUCUGCUCGCCGAGAAGGCCAGCGCCGUCUCCCCCGCCAGCACCGAUGCCACCGCCAUGUCCUCCGCGACGUUCCACUUCCCGGCCUCCGCGGUGCGCGCGCUGCUCUCCACCCUGGAGCCUGGCACCACCCCGUUCGCGGCGCUCGCCGCGCUCUUCUGGCUCCGGAUCACCGGCGCCGCCGACGGGGAGGGGGAGCUCACGCUGGCGCUGGACUUCCGCAAGCGGAUGUACGCGCCGCUGCCGUUGGGCUACUACGGCAGCUCCGUCCACUUCGCGCGCGCGCGCGCCGACCUCGCGUCCGGGCUGCCCGCCGUGGCCGCGGCGCUGGACCGCCACGUCGCCGGCGUGCCGGAGGACGACCUGUGGCGCGCCCUGGAGUGGCUCCACGCGCGGCAGCAGCAGGAGGGCGACGCCGCCGCGCCGUUCCAGAUGUACGGGCCGGAGCUGACCUGCGCGGCGCUGGACCACGUGCUCAUGUACGGCGCCGAGUUCGAGGCCGGUGUGCCCCCGGCCCGCGUGUCGUGCCGCGUGGGCGGGGCCGCCGGCGAGGGCCUGGUGCUCGUCCUGCCCGCGGCCGAGGGCGGCGAGGCGCGGGACGUGGUGGUGACGCUGCCCGCGGAGGCGACGGCCAGGAUCUGCCGCGACCCCGAGGUGCUCCGGCACGGCGCCGAGGUGGUGUUCGGGGCGAAGGCCGUAAAGGAGGAGUAACCUACCAGUGCCACGACGGAGCAACAAGAAUCGCUGCUGUGCUGCUGUUGCUGGUUCCCCUGAACUUAAAAUCCAUGCUCUUUACUUGUCUUGCAUACUCUGUAGCACUUCAUUUGGUUUUCAUGUGCCCUGUGGCCAUAUGUUUAUGGAUUGAUCGCAUUGCUGCCGUGCUGUUCGCAA